GAAGUAUUGUUAUCUGAAGGAUCUUCAUCAUUUGAUGAAAACAACAAAGGAAGAACUAGCUCUGACCACUACAAAGCGAUGUUUGGUUCAUUAAUAAUGCUUCGUACUAUCGCCAGAAAAUAUAUUUACACUCGCUUUCAUAGUUUUAAGAACUUGAAAGUUCAUUUUAUUCACAUACAUAAUAAUGCAAUCCGACAUUGGAGUAUGUUCGCCCCUUCUCCUGUAUUGUAA